CACAGAGAGGGAUCCUGGGGGAGAGACUGCGAGAGACAGCCGGGAACACAGAGAGACAGCCAGGUCCGAUGUCCCCUGAUGGAGCCCGAGGGCGAGAGUCACAGAGCGGCCGGCUUCCAGUGGAGGAGUUACAAGCUGCUGCUGGACCCCGCUCUGUGCCGAGCGACGCAGAAGAUUUACCGCUACGAUGGAAUCCACUUCAAUAUCGCUGAUGGGACAUUCCUUCCAGAGGGGGAUGUGCGGGACCCCCGAAAACACAGACUAUGGAGCAAGCCGCGCGAUGUGUGUCUCCCUGUCCCGAAAUUCAAGCUGGAUGAGUUCUAUGUGGGGCAGCUCCCCCAGAAGGAAGUCACGUUCGCUCAUCUCAAUGACAACGUGCGGGAGCCCUUCCUGGCCGAAAUGUGCCGCAAAUACGGAGACGUGGAGGAGGUGGAGAUCCUGCUCCAUCCUAAAAACCGCAAACACUUAGGACUUGCCAAAGUUCUCUUCUCAAGCUCUCGGGCAGCCAGGGAAACUGUUACCCACCUUCACAACACGUCGGUGAUGGGCAACGUCAUCCAUGCAGAGCUGGACCUCCGAGGGCAACAGCGGCAGAAGUACUUCGAUAUGAUUGUAAGCGGUUCGUACACCCCUCAGACAGUCCCAACGAGUGCGAUGUGGGCGACGGAGCGACUGCAGCCGGAGCAGGUGGAUUCCCGACGCCGCGUGUCCAACGACUCCCCCUUCCCACCUGGAAAUGGGACUCCUUCAUCUCAGGACCCAGGCUCGGCGUACAGCCAGUAUACCCCUUCCCUGUCCUCCACGCAGGGUACCCCAUACACUCCCAGAGGCGGCACCCCCUACUCUCAGGACUCCGCGUACUCCAGCAGGCAGGGGACCCCCAGCCAUUCCACUUCCCAGGACUCCUCAGGAUACAAGUCCCGGCGCCAGGAGAACAGCUCUGGGGACUCGUACUCCCGGCGCUCCGGCCACCGCUACUCCCCGGCUUCGUCCUCCUCUGCAUCUUCUUCCUCGCAGCACGAGAGCGGCCACCGGCGCUAUCACCGGCACCAACACCACUCCUCCCCGCAGUCCUCGUACCGCUCAUCCCGCCACAGGAAGCCUCCCCUGCCCCCCGAGGAGCCGCCGCUGCACCGCUUUCCUGGGACGCCACCUCUACCCCCGCCGCCUCCCCCGCCCCCUCCCGACGACCACCAAUCUGACCGCGAUUACCGCCUGGCCCACCCACCUCUCCCUCCCCCAGCGCACAGCGCUACCUUAGUACUUCCUCCUCCUCCUCCAACAGAGGGCUGGGAGCCCCCGCCGCCGCCACCACCACCCCUUCCGGCAUCCUCUCCACCCCCGUCCCCCGCACGCUCCUGCUCUCCGCUUCCUGAUGGCGUUUCCGAGAGUCUCCCCUUUACCCAGCAUAGCAGCAGCCUUGAUUCCCGCAUCGAGGCGCUCCUGAAGGAGCAGCGCUCCAAGUUCUCCUUCCUGCCCUCGGACACGGAGGAGGACGACGAGGAGCCGGCGGCGGGCGCUGCACAGGAGGCCAUGGCCGUGGAAGAAGCUCCUCCUCCGCCGGCACAUGGUCCCUACACCCCUCCCCCGCCCGUCAGCUUCGAGGAUGUGUCGGCUGAAGCCAUCUUGAGGUUGGGAGACAUUGGCCGGACGGCGAACGGGCAGGACCGGCUGUCGUCCGGAGAGGACAUGGAAAUCUCCGACGAAGAGGUUAACAUGGAGAUUCCCGGAGCUUCAGGACUCCCGUAUCCCCUUCUCUCCCACCUUGGGGGCGCGGGGGCCACUUACCCCUCACAGCCCCUCCCAUCUCCUCUUUUACCCCUGCCGCCCCACCACCAGGCGCCCUCCACCUACCCACUUCUACCUACGGCAGCCAGGGCGCGGCUGACUGAGCAUGGCGCUCGCCCCUCCACCCCUCCUCUGGAUCCCGCCGGCGCUUCCUCCUCGGCCUCGUCGGCCCCCCACAUCUAUGACUUUGUGAACUCCAUGGAGCUGGUGAGCCGGCUGGGAAACCAGUGGGGAGGAACCUCCAUGUCCUUCCAGAUGCAGACGCAGAUGCUCAGCAGACUCCAGCAGAGCAGGCAAGGCAAAGGGCAGCCUUUCGAGGAGCCGUACCCACCGCCCCUGCUCCCUCACCCGCUCCGGCACCGCCAGCCCCACCCCCCUCCUCUCAUGUCGGAGCAGGUCUACGGAGCCGUCUACCCUCCCUUCCCCUCCCAGCAGCCCCAGCCCUUAUUGCCCCCUAGAGAUUUUUCCGCCAGGACAGGUCGAGGCGGCGGGCAGGAUCCCCGACCUCCGGGCUGGACACCAGGGGGGGACCCCCACGCCUCGACGGUCAUCAGCGUGCUGUCUGCGCUUAUCCAGGAGAUGAAGAGCACUAUGCAGAGAGACCUGAACCGGAAAAUGGUGGAGAACGUGGCGUUCAGCGCCUUCGAUGAGUGGUGGGAGUGCAAGGAGGAGAAGGCGAAGCCUUUCCAGAACGCGCCCAAGCCGCCGCCGCGGGAGGAGGACAAGGAGAAGACUCGACCCAAGGACCCUGGGCUGCUUUCGCUGGUGGACUGGGCCAAGAGCGGGGGUGCGGAGGGGUUCGGAUUUGGAGCAGGGCUCAGGGGGGCUCUCAGGCUACCCUCCUUCAAGGUUAAGAGGAAGCAGCAGUCGGAGAGCGAAGAUGGGGAGGAGAAGAGGCCUCGGCCGUCCACGCCGCCCGAGGAGGAGGAGGACGGUGAGUUUUCUUCGCGUUCCGCGAGUGUCGGGUCGGACCCUUCGUGCGCUUAUCAUUCUCCAAUCACGUAUCCCGCUGCAGAGAGAGAGAAAGCCGCGCGCUCGGACCCCCGCGCAGGAGCGAAGCCCACCCCCAGGGAAGGCGGCAGGGUGAAGCACAAACGCCGGAAGCACUUCCACCUGGACAGCGAGGGAGAGGAGGCCUCCGAGGAGUCUGCUUUGGAGAAGGACGAUGAAGAUGAAAUGAGUGACAAAGGAGCGGAAUCUGAAGACGACGUUUCUCCUCUCUCCAAGCUCUCCUCCAAGAUCGCGUCGGAUGACGACAGCGACAGCUCCAGCGAAUCGGAUAGCAGCAGCUCUUCCUCCUCGUCCUCUUCUUCAUCCUCGUCCUCCUCGUCCUCCUCACCAUCGUCCUCCCCGGCCUCCUCCGACGACGAGGAGGAAGAACAAGACGAGCUCCAGAAACUGCCGGAUGCUGCCGAGCCGUCCGUGGCCCCCAGCCCACCGCAAGCAGAAGCUCAGCCCGUCUCAGCGAAAGAGCAGCCGCGGGAGAAAUCUCCCGUUCUGUCGGUGAAGGAGGAACCGGCCCCGGUAACGGCUCCCGCUCCUGCCCCGCCGUCCAAACCGUGUGCCCCUCCGUCUCCCCCUCUGCAGCUGCUCCCCCCGCCGAAGAAGAGACGCAAAACCGUGUCCUUCCAGCUCGUUCCGGAGGCCGCGGAGAGCAAACCCCUCAAUCACCAGCUCCUGGAGAAACCCGCCGCCGAACUGCCCCGCAGCCCACCAAAGCAGCCCAAAGAGGAGCCCCCCGAGCCCGUGGACCAGGCUCCGGUCCCGUCUCCCAAGGCUCCUCCAAGCCCAUUGAAUAAGAUUCUCGGCAGCCUAAAACAAGAGCCGGCGCCGCUGCCCCCCCCAGCCAAGGAAGCGUCUCCCCAGAAGAAAGAGCCGGAGCGCUUUACGGUUCUCAACCUUCCGUGGGACCACGCGUGUCUGGUGCGGUGCUACCCGCCGCGGGGGGAGCGGGAGGAGGCCGCGCAGGAAGACGGCGUGGAGGACGGCGAUGAAGAGAUGGAAGAGGAGGUCCGAGCGGCGUCCCUUCCCGAACCACCCAGGCAAGAGGCGCAGAAGCCCCCCGUGGCUCCAGAACCUCGCGAGCCCGAAAGGACAGAACCCGCGGAGGACGCGCUGCUUGCCCCGGUUCGGCAGAUCCUGCUUGAGCACAGUUAUGCCUCCAUCCCGGCCAACCUGAAACUGCCCUCCAGGAGGCAGAGGGCAUUAUCGGUGGAAGAGAGACCCAGCGAGCUGCUGCACGUGGACCUCGGGCAACCGGUUCUGGAGGCACCGGAGGAGGUGGUGUGCAUAGGCGGUGGCGCAGGGGCCGGCGGGGAGGGCAACACGGGACUGCUGGAGGUAGGAGAUCUGCAACUAACCCCCUCCAAAAAGACCGACGAGGCUCCUGCUGCCCUCGGCCACGAGGAGCCAAAGAGCAGGACUCGGAAACCGCAACCGGUGAAAGAGGCCGAACCCGGCGAGGUGACCUCCGACGAGGACGACGACGACCCGGAAACGUGGGCUCCCACCCGGCAGCUGCGCUCCCACCGGAACAGACGCCCCCCGCCUCUCCUCUCCCCCCCGCGCUACGACAUACGCAGCGAGUUCGAGCAGAUGACCAUUCUGUAUGAUAUAUGGAACACGGGACUGGACUGCGAGGACAUGGUCUACCUCCGGGACACGUAUGAGAGGCUCCUGCAGGAGGAUCACAGCACGGACUGGCUCAACGACACGCACUGGGUGCAUCACCCUAUCACCAACAUUGCGGAUCCCAAACGGCGAAAGAACCGCCAGGACGGCCUGCGGGAGCACCAGACGGGCUGCGCGAGGAGCGAGGGCUACUACGCCAUCAGCAAGAAGGACAAAGACAAAUACCUGGACGUGUUCCCCGUGUCUGCGCAGGAGCUCGACGCCGACACGCAGGGCACGAACCGCGUGCUGUCGGAGCGCCGCUCGGAGCAGAGACGUCUUCUCAGUGCCAUCGGCUCGUCCGCCCUGCUGGACAGCGACCUGCUGAAGCUCAACCAGCUGAAGUUCCGGAAAAAGAAGCUCCGCUUCGGCCGCAGCCGCAUCCACGAGUGGGGUCUGUUUGCCAUGGAGCCCAUAGCUGCCGAUGAGAUGGUGAUCGAGUACGUGGGGCAGAAUAUCCGGCAGAUGGUGGCGGAUAUGAGAGAGAAGAGAUACUCGCAGGAAGGCAUCGGCAGCAGUUAUCUGUUCCGCGUGGAUCAGGACACCAUCAUCGAUGCCACCAAGUGUGGAAACCUGGCGCGAUUUAUUAACCACUGCUGCACGCCGAACUGUUACGCCAAAGUGAUCACCAUCGAGUCCCAGAAGAAAAUCGUCAUUUACUCGAAGCAGCCGAUUGGGGUGAACGAGGAGAUUACCUACGACUACAAGUUCCCCCUCGAAGAGAACAAGAUCCCCUGCCUGUGCGGGACGGAGAACUGCAGGGGGGCGCUGAAUUAACCCCCUCCCCCGACAGACCCCGGCUCCGCAUGGGCCCGACCCCUGCCGUGGCCUGCAGCACUGACCGCGAGGAACGCCGGGGCCGCCACGGGCCCCUGGGAGCCAGGACUGAGAUCUCGGUGGGAUUAGCGGUGCGCGGCGGAGCCGUGAAUCAGACGAGCGGCACUUUAACCCCUG